AUGUCCUCGAAAAACUACCUGCUGAAAUGGAGGAACCACCCAAACAGUUUCAUGGAAGUCCUGGACUACCUGCACGCGGAGGAGUUGUUCAUCGACGUGACGUUGGCCUGCGAUGGCGACCGAUUCGGGGCGCACAAGGUGGUGCUCUGCGCUUGCAGCCCCUACUUCCAGCGCCUCCUGGCGGAGAACCCCUGCAAGCAUCCGAUCAUUUUGCUGAAGGGCGUCAAGAGUGAAGAGAUGAAGGCGCUUGUCGAGUUCAUGUACAAGGGCGAGCUGUGUGUCGGUCAGCGUGACUUGUAUUCGCUGCUCAAGACGGCCGAGAGCCUCCAGAUCCGAGGGCUGAGCGAGUACUCGUUUUCCGGCGCCGAUGCCGCCGAAACCAUCUAUGAUGACGUGUCGGCGAGCAGUGACGACGUUGGCACUAUCCGUCAGGUCCCGCUGCGUCGCACACUGAAGAAGCCC